CCUCUUCUCUUCCAUGAAGGGAAUCACUCGAUGAUAGGAUGACCCAAAUUCUCCACCAGACAUUGCAACAAGUCCGCAUGGAUUUAAAAGACUGUGAAGGGUAGGGGGCGGGGUGAUAAUCUUUUUUUCCCUCUCAUUGGGCAGAAGAACAGUUACAUAAAAGGCAUCUAUAAUUCCUUUCCAUGCAGAUCAAAGAAUGAGGCCUCCGUGUGCAUAUGCACUGCUGCUGCCCUGAGGGUGACGUACGUGUGCAUGUACAGUAUGCACAAGCCCCAGCCACCCUUUCCAUCCAUCUGAAGCAGCGAAUUACCCCACGUUAAAUAUAGCCAUCUCUGCAACCUACAUUCAGCAUUACGAUAAAGGCCUGGGAGAAACGAGUCUUCUGUAACAUGGAGUUGAAUUCUGGAUUCUGAUUAAUCAGGUGAUGGAUAAUUUUUCCGACUGCAGCUCUGACAGAAGCGCAGCUGCAAAUGAGGUUGAUGUUUUACCAUAUUUGACCAGGGCAGCAAAUCAUGAACCCCAGGAGGACAACAAAUGAGAUGGAACUGUCUCUUCAACUUCUUUUUUCUCUGGUCCAUUGGUGCAGGACACACUCUUCUCGGUUUUGCCUUUUUUACCAGGAAAGAUUGAGGUUUUUUCAGGAGCAAGUCCCUUCAUAUGAAGUACUUGCUAUUUCAAUGAUGCUGUAACAAUUCUGCCACCUUGUGGAUACCGUAGUGUACAACAGCUAAAUUGCAGCACCGUGUAAGAUUUAGUGGAAAGUAGGCAAGAGAGCACCAAAUGUCUAGUAGGUAACAAGGUAACGUAGUAAAAAUCCCAGCAAGCUUUUCAGGCUUUUGAUUACUACAGCCAUACUCAAAUCAGCGCCACUUACUGCAACUUCCUCAAUUACGUCUCACGUAACAUGGAGCUUUGAGGAGACAUAAUACGUCCAUCCAUCUUCUAUACCACUUAUCCUUUUCAGGGUCACGGGGAAACCUGGAGCCUAUCCCAGGGAGCAUGGUGCACAAGGCGGGGUACACCCUGGACAGGGUGCCAGUCCAUCGCAGGGCACAAUCACAUACACAUUCACACACCCAUUCAUACACUACGGACACUUUAGACACACCAAUCAGCCUACCAUGCAUGUGUUUGGACUGGGGGAGGAAACCGGAGUACCCGGAGGAAACCCCCGCAGCACGGGGAGAACAUGCAAACUCCGCACACACAGGACCACGGUGGGAAUUGAACAACCGACCCUGGAGGUGUGAGGCGAACGUGCUAACCACUAAACCUCCGUGUAACAUAAUACAUUAUAUACUCAAUUUUGCAUUUAACAGGAACAUCUAUACACCUGCUCAUUCGUGCAAUUAUCCAAUCAGCCAAUCGUGUGUCCUGGAACACACAAUAGGGUCUAGGGUUCACACAGUACUGUGCGAAAAACAAAAAAAAACUCACCGUUCUGCAGGCGGAAAAGCCUUGGUGUUGAGGAGAAACGGCCAGACUGAUUCAAGGUGACAGGAAGGCUAAGGAAGAACACCUCAGAGGUACCAACAUAUCAAACACUGAGGCUAGUGGAUAAAAACGGCAGACCACUCCUUCGUGUAAGAACAGGAAUCUGAGGAUACACCGGGUACAGCCUCACCAAGCCGGGACAGUCGUAGCUAAAGACCAGGCGAGCUUGUGAUGUAGCUUGAAGCAGAUUUAAAAGUGCAUAAUAAUAGACUUAACCCUAGUUGUUUUUGAAAGCUCCAAGAUAUUUUUGCCCUAGCUAAAAACAUUUACUCUUGAAUAUCUUAAAUCUCGGAAUAUGGCAAACGCGCCCCUUUCAUUAGAUACUUCUGCUUAUCUCACACCGAAGCUGCUAUCUCGGCCACACCAUUUCCUGCCAUUAAAACAAGCUUUGUUUGAACCCUUUGAAAAUGCUGAUUAGGAUAUGACCGUUAUUUUCACGCCACUUCACUUAGGGCUGAGUCCAGGCGUCAAGUCUGUCCGACCUCUUCGAGUUAUUUAACUGCAGUUCGUCUGGAAAACAACCACGAUCAGGCUGCUAGAUCCAGUCCUACUACUGGAAGAACCAUGGAUCCAUAUGCUGUUCUGUUGAUGAGACCACUGGGAAAGUCCCUCUACAUGAAGCUUGGUGGCAAUUUGGAGUAAUUUUGAAGUACGGUUUUUGUAAUAAAUCAACCCUGACAAGUAACUUCUUACCGCUGAAAGGCUUAACGGGACUGCACAGAUCCUCUCUCUGGCGACAUCUUGGAUGAUCUUGACCAGAACAAGUUUGUAAACUACACCACGGGGGGAAGAAAAAAGCGCCUCGUCCUUGUUUGUUUCCACCCUCAACAUGGCGGACUGGGGUUUUCUCAGUGAACUGUUCGGGUCCCUGCAGGCGCACUCACCCAUGCUGGGUCGUCUCUGGCUGCUCCUCAUGCUGGUGUUCAGGAUGCUGAUCCUCGGUACAGUAGCCAGCGACAUGUUUGAUGAUGAGCAAGAGGAGUUUUCCUGCAACACCUUGCAGCCAGGAUGCAAGCAAGUUUGCUACGACCAUGCCUUCCCCAUCUCCCAGUAUCGCUUCUGGGUCUUCCACAUUGUGCUCAUUUCCACCCCUGCUCUAGUGUUCCUCAUGUACGCCAUGCACCACCACAAGAAGCACCAGGUCCUCCGACAAGACUCCACUGUCAGCAUUCGUGCAGCAAGGCUAGACCUCCACCUCAAGCGUCUCUACCUAGUCAACGUGGCCUUCCGGAUGUUGUCCGAGGUGGGUUUCCUGAUAGGACAGUGGAAGCUGUAUGGCUUUCGUGUCGAGGCUCAGUUCCCCUGCAGUCGCUUCCCUUGUCCCUACACUGUGGACUGUUUCACCUCCAGACCUAUGGAGAAGACAGUCUUCCUGCUCUUCUACUUUGCCGUCGGAAUACUUUCGGCCGUCUCCAGCCUGGCUGAAUUCAUUCACGUCGUCUUCAAGUGGUUCACAAAGAGCAGAGAUGGGUUAAAAUCCCUGGCGAAUUUUGAAAUUCAGGAAGCGGUCGGUAAGAAGCAGUUGACCCAGCACGAGAAGAACCAAGCAAGAGCAGCGAAGCCAAGCAGAACCAGGGGAGUGCUGCGGUUCCCUGGACUGACUGGUAGGCCAAGAACCAACACCAGCUCAAGAAAAUCCAGCAUCAGAUGCAAGAACCUUGGAGAAAACCCCCAUCAGAGAAGUGCUGAACUAAUAGUGUGAGGAGCAAAAUAUGAAAGUGUUGUUUAAGUGGCGUAGAAAUCAUUAUUUGCUGAUUUUUCACACACUCCAUCUAUCUAGCCAAUAUAUAAAGAAUUUAAAUAAACUCAUA